AUGGAUCAGGCAAAGUUGGCUAGAAUGCAGGCGAGCGUGCGGAUUGGUGGAAAGGGUACUCCCCGCCGCAAGGUCAAGAAGGUCCACAAGACCUCUGGCGCCGACGACAAGAAGCUCCAGGCCACCCUGAAGAAGAUGAACGUCCAGCCCAUCCAGGCCAUCGAGGAAGUCAACAUGUUCAAGGAGGACGGAAACGUCAUCCACUUUGCUGCUCCUAAGGUCCACGCCUCCGUCCCCUCCAACACCUUCGCCCUAUACGGUAACGGCGAGGAGAAGGAGCUCACUGAGCUCGUCCCUGGCAUCCUCAACCAGCUCGGCCCGGACAGCCUUGCCUCCCUCCGCAAGCUCGCCGAGAGCUACCAGAACAUGCAGAAGAACCAGGCCGGCGAGAAGAAGGACGACGACGAGGACGACAUCCCCGACCUCGUUGAGGGCGAGAACUUCGAGAGCAAUGUUGAAUAA